CGCUUCUCCGGUCCCAUCAAGCGGAAGCCCGUGUCCAGCGCCGCACCGUCCUCUCUGGUCACGCAGUAUCUCGCCCACGGCCCUCCCGUCCAAACCACCAUCGACCUACCCAAACCGGAUCACAGAUUCGCACGGUCGCCCUCUGUCGACAGUCCCACCUUCUACCCGUACCUUCCUUCUGCCAAGUCUUCGGUGCGAGCAUCACAAACAGCGCCAGCGCCAACCGACGACGAAACACCGACUGCCUCGGGAAACAAUUCCACGCACGGUGGUGGGCCUUCUCCCGCUGAAACAGCUGACACCGAGUUCUCUGAUGCCCUGUCAGAAUACGACGAUUUGCUCUCAGAUCUAGCACCCGGCGCCACUCCCGACAACGUGUCCGUCAAAGCUCACGAGCCAGUCACUGACAGCCAAGUCAUUGACAGCGCGUCUGACGCCGAGUCCAUCUACGACGACGACAAUAAUAACUCUACUCCUCCCCCCUCAUCGCCCAUGUUGGCUCCAACAAAGCACACUCCUCCACAUCUACGGCUAGAGAGAGUCGAUCCCUCAAUAAUAGAGGAAGGCCUAGAUUCAUACAUAGACGACUCGCCGCAGUCGGCAACAAUAGACGGAUCGCCAAACAGGAACAAACCUUUGCCAAGGUCACCGGGCGCAACCUCUCCACUGGCUUCUAUUUUUGGCUGGGGCAAUCCCUCGCCCUCAGCCACAGAUCUGACGUCCCUCCCCUCACCGUCUCCAUUCUCACCAAAUCCCCAGAAUAGACGAUCGACAAACAGCUUAGCGUCCAAUUACAACAAAACCAAUGCGGCAUCAACUCUCGCCCAACAACGCGAAUCAUUUUUUUCGACGCACUCACCACAUCUCUCCCAAAAUACAACGCUGAUUGACGAGAUGGAGGAGGAGUUGAAAGCCAUCAGCUCAGAGCUGGCCGCAUCUAUCCGCCGCGAGAUUGACCUGGAAGAUCUGGCCGACAGGCUCCAAGAGCAAAUUGCAAACAACCCCCAGGCAGCUGGUAGUAAAAGGACAAGCGAUUACUUUUCCGACUCUGGUCAAAGCACAGUAAAACUCAACGAGUCUGCUGACCAGGGCAGAGAUGAAAUCGAAAAGGUGCAGAGGAAGGCAGAGCAGGAAAAGGCGUCUCUUCGCCUGGAGUUGACGGCCAAAUUACAAGAUGAAAGAGAGAGGCGAAAAGAGCUUGACCAGAAGAUUAGGCAGUUGCAAGAGAGGGCUUCUGAAGUGGACGUUGUUGAGAUCAAUAAUAUUGACGCCAGUGAGCGGAUCCAGGAACUAGAAAACACUUGUGAAGAUCUAAGGCGAAAGCUAUCAGAGGAGCGCCAGUCCAAGACUAACUUUGAGGACCUGCUAUCUGCUCUCAAGGGGCAACUUCGAGACGCCUGCGACGAGCGAGAUAACCUUCGUGACGAGGUCAUCCCGGAGCUCAAGGCGCGAGUGGAAGGUCUCGAGUCGGAGGCUGCCGAGUAUGCCAACCUGACUUAUGAGUCUUCCAGGAUGCAGCAGGAGCUCUCCACCUUGAAGCGUGAAAACAGCUCACUUCGCAAUUCCAUGGCCAGUGGCAUUGAAGAUCUGCCCACCAAGCGAAUGUCGGUUGUAGGCUUGUCUGGCUUGUCCAGCUUGUCCAGGUCGAAUUCAAUGGGUCUCUCACGGUCCAACUCAGUAGCUACCGGUUCUAUGCGCCGUGGGCCUUCCGGUCUUGGUGGUGGUCUGAAAAGGUCUGAUAGCGUCAAGAACACAGCCACGACAGAGCCUCGAGAGGUUCUGAUUGAGCGACUGAAAGAUGUGGAAGCUCAACGCGACGCUCUUCAUAGCGCCCUCAAGAGCCUCUUGGAGCGCCAAGAGUUCCAGAACCGAGAAUACCAGAAGAAGAUUCGCGCUCUCGAGACCGAACGCCAGCGGCUCACCACCGUCUCGCCAAGAAAGGCCGGGUUUGAGAAGGACAUGGGAAAGCUGCGGACGGAGAUCAAUCUCCUACGACGACGCGCCGAAGACGCCCUCGAGCAGAAGUGGCAGGUUGAAAAGGGCCUUGGUGGUCUCAAAAUCGAUCUUGAUCGGGCCGUUGAGGAGAUUGCGUCCCUGCGCAGCGUGCUGGAGGCAAAUGACAUUCUGAUCCCACCUGCUCCCGCCCGCCUGAGCGGCUCAAGCGAUACCCUGCGAGAGCCGGUCACGUCCGAGUCUCUUCGAACUGCCUACGAAGAGCUACAAGCUGCGUACGCCGAAUCCCUGGAGCGUAUCCGUCAGCUGGAAGCCGACACUGCGGAUGAGGAGACCCAAGAGGCUAUGCAGCGCCUGGAACGAUCCCUGUCUGCGGCAGUUCUGGAGCGCGAUGCCGCCAGAAGGGAAAUUGGCCAGCAAAAGGCCCAGAUCGACCUGCUCGCCGCCAGCGAGUCUCAGUCGAUGGCGGCCGACGCCACCUUGGCGCAACAGCUCAAAGAGUCUGCGGAUCUCAUUGAGCAGCUCACAGCCCAAGUUCGCCAGCAGCUGGACACUAACGCUGAACUCCGAGAGCGUCUCGAAGCUGCCGUUGCAAGAGGGGAGUCGGACCGUAAGACCAACUCGCAGCGUAUCUCGGAGCUCCAAGAGCGCCUUCGAGUCAUGGAGGAUCAGGUCGUUGCCGCCCAGUCCGCUUCAGAGGACCGCAUCGUGCGCCACGAGGAGGAGAUUACCACGCUACGUGAGGCGCAUAACGAGCAGCUGCGUCGCCUUCAGACUGAUCCCGUCGAUGGCUCCUCCAACAGAUCUGGCCCCAAGCCACUGCUAAGCACCCGCCCCCCCGCCAAGAGUCUUGAAGAAGAGGCCGAUAUGAAGACUCUCCGAGUACGAGUCUUGGAGCUGGAAAAGGCACUUGUAGAUGCAGAGGAUGAAAUGCAAGAAGUCGUGUCUAGGAUGAACAUGGCUCAAGUAGAGGUCCUCAACCUCCAAGAGGACCGCGAGGCUGCAGUCCGAGAGACUAGGCGACUCGAGGAACUCUUGAAAAAG